AUGUCUCCGGAAUAUUUAAUGGAAGGACUGUUUUCAAUAAAGUCUGAUGUAUAUAGUUUUGGUGUUUUACUGCUGGAAAUCAUUAUUGGCAAAAAGAAUGCUGGUUAUUACCAUGAGGAGUAUCCUAAUUCAAAUUUGGUUAGACAUGUUUGGGAGUUGUGGAAAGAAGGUAGAGCUGUGGAAGUCAUUGAUUCAUCUAUAGGUGAAUCUUACCUUGUUAGUGAAGUUAUAAGAUGCAUUCAAAUCGCGCUCUUGUGUGUGCAAGAAUUUGCAACUGACCGGCCAACCAUGUCAGCUGUUGUUUCCAUGUUAGGUAAUGAUGCAACUCUUCCUUCACCAAGACGACCCGCAUUUUUACUAAAGAGAACGAGUCCUAGUGGAGACCCAUCCAGCAGCGAAGGAGCUAAUUCAGUAAAUGAUGUCACAUGUACAAUUAUAGAAGCUCGCUAA